UUUCUCUUUGUCAUCAGUAAUUCAGUAUACUUAUUGAAAGGGGUGGAGCCAAGAAAGCUUUCUAUAUUUCCUAUAUACGUCCCACGUGUUGACGUGUACAUGUAAGGGUACGUGAGUUAUUAUUGCUGUUUGCUAUACAUGCAACUAUAUAUAUUAGAGUAUUAGUCAGCUUUUUCUCGUUCUCCCUCCCCUCACCCUAUAGCUGGCACCUAUUUAUGGACUUUUAUCUGUUACAUUAGAAUUAUUUCGAUUCUAUUUUGGUAUGAGCUACUAUUUAUGUUCAUCUCCGACACCAGCACUUAGCGGGCGCAUACGCAGUGUUUAUUAUUAUAGUAUUUCGUCUUCUGCACAUGUGCGGUGUUGAGAAAGCAGUAAAAAAUCCACGUUUAUAAUAAAAUAAUGGCACCUCGCCGGGACAAUAAAUCUAACCCCAAUUUAGGUUUUAUAAAAAAUUGGCAAAGGCAGUUCAGAAUUUGGAGCAAAAAUCCGGAAAAAUGGAAAGAACUUCUAGACUUUGCAACAAACCCGAGGAAAUUACUUUUACCAGCAGUUCUAUUUAUUAUUUUGGAAGUAGUAAUAAACAUUGUUGUGAUAGAGAAAGUGCCUUACACAGAGAUAGACUGGAAAGCCUAUAUGCAGGAAGUGGAAGGAGUUUUGAAUGGAACAUUUGAUUAUUCAAAAUUGAAAGGUGAUACUGGACCAUUGGUAUAUCCUGCUGGCUUUGUUUACAUAUUCACUGUGCUCUACUAUGUUACAUCACAAGGACUCAACAUCAAACUUGCACAAUACAUUUUUGCUGCUCUUCACGUUUUACUGCUUAUUCAAGUAUUCAGAAUUUAUGAGCGUGCGAAGAAAGUUCCUCCAUAUGUUUUAAUUUUUGUGUUCUCUACCUCAUAUAGAAUACAUUCAAUAUUUGUUUUAAGACUUUUUAAUGAUCCAGUUGCAAUGAUAUUUCUUUUUGCAAGUUUAAAUGCAUUUUUGGAUCAGAAAUGGUACCUGGGGAGUGUGUUGUACAGUUUGGCAGUAUCAGUCAAAAUGAAUAUACUACUAUUUGCACCAGCAUUAUUGACAGCUUAUCUGAGCAAUUUAGGAUUAAUUAAAACUCUUAUAAAUUUAUUUAUUUGUGCAAUUAUACAAUUAAUAUUGGGACUUCCAUUUUUGUUAGUCAACCCAGUUGCAUAUAUCAAAGGAGCAUUUAAUUUGGGACGUAUUUUUGAAUUCAAGUGGACUGUAAAUUGGAGAUUUUUGUCAGAAGAACUAUUUAUUAAUCCUUAUUUCCAUAUUGGAUUGCUAGCUUUACAUAUAUUGACAUUAAUUUAUUUCUCAGCAAAAUGGUGGAAAUAUUUGGACUCAUACAAAAUAUUGAGAACUGUUGAAAAAGAUAUUUCUUCGCAUUUGGAUAAAAUAAACAGUGUUAAUAUGUCAACAGCUUCCCAAUUGUUUAUAUUGCCAAUGUUUGCAGCAAACUUUAUAGGUUUAACUUUUAGCAGAUCUCUGCAUUAUCAAUUUUACAUAUGGUAUUAUCAUACAUUACCAUAUAUAGCAUGGUGCUGUGAUUACAAGACUGUCACUAGAUUAGUGAUUUUGGGACUGAUUGAGAUGUGCUGGAAUACGUACCCAAGUACUAUAUACAGUAGCAUAUGUUUGCAUGUAUGUCAUAUAAUUUUGUUAUAUGGCUUGAACAAUUCUGUACUUAAAACAUUAAAAACGUUGAAAACGUCAUAAAUUUUUUUUACAAAAUUGUUUAAUCGAAAUACAGUGUGUAAUUUUUAUAUGAAGAUAUUAUGUUUAAAAUUUUUCAGACAAAUAUACUAAUGUACAUUGUUAACAGAUAUUUUAAUCUUGAAAAUAAACAUUAAAUAUUGAAUUAUA